UUCCCGGAAGUAACCAUAAAUAACAGGAUUAUCGCUGUGCUUGAAUAACGGGUACAUGUUAGCUAAACCUUCACCAGAAUAAUUCAGCCAAGUUUAUCCCAGAGAGAUGCACGCAGUUUGCUGUCUGUCAACCGUAAUAUGUUUUUUAAUUUAUAUUAAUAGUGAUAGCAACACAGUUUUCGAGGGAAUGAAACGAAAUGAUAUUUCAGGGUAACACAUUUCAUGUCUUCCGUUAGUAGUUUUGUUGCAGUUAUAAAUUACUGUCGGGGACAAAUAUAAACUGGAAGUAACUUCAGAUGAUGUGAACCGCUGCUGUAGAGGAUUAGCACGGAUUGGAUUUGCAAGGAGUUUGGAAGAGGGUAUCAUGGAAUGGCCAGGAGAAUUUCCUGAAGACCAUGCCUUUGUGGAGCUUCUGAUUCCAGGUGUUUGCAGUGAUGUGGACUUUGAACAGUUUCUGAAAGACACAGAAGAGAAACUGAGUCUCAAUGCCAGCAGCAUAGAGCAGCAUCUGAAGGAGCUCCAGGCCAAAAUGGGAGACUUAAGAACAGGGGAUCGUCCACCCAGUCCCACAGAGGUCUUGCAGUGGUUCAACAUGAAAGCACAAAACUCCCUGAAGCCUCUUUCCACUGACAUUUUAGACUUCUUCAGAGCUCUGCAACAGUACCUUAAAUCAGAGGAAGAGGGGAAAGAAGAAGUGACACUUCAGCUCCUGCUGAAUCUUUCUGCCCAGUGUGGAGUCUAUUUUCCUUGUCCAUCCUCUUCUUCCUCUCUUCAUCCUCAUCUGCCUGGCUCCUCUGUCCAUUCCAUACACACGAUCAAAGAUGACUCUGCAAUAGAGAUCCAAGAGGCGUGGGAUGCUGUGCGUCUCCAGCUGCGAAGGUUCCUGAUGGACCGGCUCUCAUGCUACACCUCAGGACCUCCUGGAUCCCCCCAGCUCUCCACCAUGACCAUCCUCGAGCGGGUCAACUGUUUUAAGCAGUUGCUUUUUCUCUACCCUGAAUGUGAAGUGGUCACAGAUUACCAGGGUUUGAAACAGCAGUACGUGCUUAGUAUCCUGCACUCAAGCAUGAGCUCCAGCCCAGGUGGUGAGUCCGGCUUCGACAGACUAACGACGGGUUUCUGCAACGUGGUCCAACACGUGACUCAAGCUCUCACUGAGGAGCUCCAGGUCCUUUCAAGGGUAGUGGAACCCCAGGUCGUCCUCGGCUUUUUAAACGUAGCUUACUUUGGUGCCAUCACCCAGGAAAUGACUUCCCAAAUGGAGAGAGAAUUUGAAACCGCUCAAAGAGACAACACAGCGCUGAGCAGCAAGAUAAAAAAAUACUCUGUAAGGUCCCGAGCAACUGUAGCACCAAUGGAGCUUCCUUUGAAAAGCAGGAGCUUCAGUUUGACCUCCCACCAACUGAGGGCAUUAACUCAGCUGGCUUGCAUCCUGCUAGGCUUUGAGAGAGAUGUGAGGGAGCUGGUCACUAACAUCACCUUCAUAAACUGCACAGGAGACACUCCAACUUUAAAAGGUAUUUUGAAAAAGUCUAAGGAGGAUUCAAGUUCGACAACAGAUGGCAGGAAACCCACCGCAGACAAACUUCACACCCCAGAGGCCCAGACUUUGGAGUUUAAUUGGAGGUUAGCUUUUAGUAGGCUUGUCCCACACAUGGAGCAUUGUGUUAAAGUGGUGCUGGAUGACGUCUGUGCCAAGAAUCUACAGCAAGAAGAGGGCUUGCAUUCUUCGGGACACACCUUGGUCACCAUAAGCCCCAUCGCUGACUUCUCUGUCAGCAACGAACAUCUUAAAGAAGACUUCUUUUACAAAGGCUCAGAGAGAGACACUCCUAAAAUGACAGCAAAGUUCUGUGGAGCAAUUCUGAUUGAGCUCGAUGCUUUGCUGCCACUGGCAGUAGCCUGCAGGGACACUUCUCUCCUGGGGGUGCGAUCAAGCUUUGUGGAAGCUUGUAGCAGAGCAGCAUUUGCCAUGCUGGGCCGUUUGCAGGAGAGGGCCCUGGAGGUACCGUCCUCUGCACCCCUGAAGAACCUGCCUGCUCUGCUUGCUUCCUGCAUUUAUGUGCAACAGCGACUAGAGCAUUACAAUGUCAUGCUGAAGGAUUCAAGUGCGGCUUCCGCUAAAAUAUCCCUGACUCUGCUACCAAUCCAGAGAUACCAGGAGGCAGUGGAGGCCUUAAGAGAGCAGCUGACCAGCUACUGCAUCCAGGUUUGCCUCACCUGUAUUCUUCAGGAUGCAGAGAGUCAUGACUGGGCUGACCCUAAACCCUUCUACGAGGGAGAGCGGUGUUCCUUCGCACUGCAGAUGUGGUUUUACUUCCUGUGUGGACUUCGCAGUGACCUGUGGUCAGUUCUUCCAUCAGAGCUAGCCAAGGAUGUGCUGGGAUAUGUGCUGGCAGAGACUUUGCAGUUGCUGGUGCGAAGAUAUUCCAGAGUCCGUGCGUCGUACAAGAGACACUUGCAGAUCAGGUGUGACAUCACAGCAGUGUUGCUCUACGUGGAGCACCUCAUGUGGAGUGUCAGUGAGAGUCCAGAGGAUGUGAUUCUGAUCAACCCUUCUUCAGAAAUUACCAUAAUAGGAGGUGGCUCGGACUGGCCGUACCAAAUCCACAACCUUUGCGACCAACUGCUGACGGUCCUCCUAGUUGUUACAGCGCCAAUAUCUUUUGUGCAUAGAUCGUUUAUGAAUAGUGCUUCAAAGGACUCAGCACCGCGCCAGCCUGAAAGGCCUGUUGUACGCUGGUUAAAUGCUAUCAACCCUGAUCGCUUCCCAGAACAGGUCAUAAGAGAUGGCCUUACGGGUGAGGCAGCCUUGGCGUGCCAGUUGAGGCUACUGACCUCUGACCCAGGAUGCAAUCCCAAGCUGCUGCUGCAAAUGCUGCUUUAUGAAGAUUGUCACCUGCCUAGAAUACUCCUGGAAAAUUCCUAUUUUUGCCAGAAGACUGACUCAGAAAUGUCCACAGAGAAUUGCAAGGCAGGAGAUGAUUUCAUAGUUGCUUUGUUCAACUUGUUCUCCUGCUUGAAUAAUGUUCCCAAGGCUUUGACCCAGGCUCUUCAGCCAUACCUGGAGAAAGCACACAUAUGGAAAUAUCUCUAUACACUGGCAGACACUACACAGAAGGCACCAGUGGUCAUUGAUUGUGUCCGAGCGUUGGUGACAAAGUCAGCCAACAGUAUUUUGGUACACCUGGUCUCCAUGGCAGUGGCUUGGCAGGGCACGGAGGAUUGUAGUCAAGCACACCAGUUUAAACAAAAGGUGCCAGAGAGUGUCCUGGCUAAAAUACCCAAGGACUGGAACUAUUCACUACCUGAUGGAAGAGGGAAAGAUACUGGCUCUAAAGCUGUCAUAUCCUUAGCAAUUCAAGCAUUGUCCUUCAUUUUUACCAACCUGCCAUUGGCUGUGUCGUCGUUGCCUCUCCCUAUCCGCUUCGUCUUUCAAAUGGCAGAAAAGCAUCUCUCCCAGCAUGCCCGGCAGUUGCGCUCAAUGGGGCUAUUGCUCUGGGCGCUGCUGGGGUUUCUGAUCCAGGGUCUGGAAGACCCUGAUGCACUUGAAGAAAUCAGUGGUCUGGCUCUGGACUGCAGGGCAAAAGAAUACUUAUCUCUGCUCAGAGAGUGCCUGCAGGCUGCAAUGAGCAUCCAGCACAAGGGAAUUCCCAAACCUACAGUGCAUAAAGUACUGCAAGCUCUGGAGGAAAGACGACCCAAGUGGAUAAACAUCCAGCUGCAGAAAUCUCGCAAACUCUGUUCAGAAAGCCUCUCGGAGCAGGGAGCAGACAGAGGAGCUGCUGCGGCUGAACUGACUGAGCAGAAAAUAGGCCUGAUGCUGCUGGAGGUCUGCCACAAAGCAGGUGGCUGCGCCUACCUGAGGCAGAUCUAUCACAUCAUUCAAGGCAAUGAGGAGCUCUUGAUGUCUAAACUCAAUGGGAACACAGACUCCACAGAUCUCUCAGUGAAAUUUGAUGUCAGCCCAGAGAGUGUCGAUCGCACUGCAUACUUCAAUCCUCUCCUGCAGUUUGACCACAUUGGCAAGAAGAGACUGAAUCAGAGCGAAGUGGUUGACUGGACGUGGGACUGGCCUAGGCUGCUGCCAGCCUAUGAGGGCAUGAGUCAGGUCACCUUCAGAAGUCUGGUAGCCAACAGGUGGGAUAUGCAGGAGGAUGCGGAGCUGGAAGAUGGAGAGAGAGCAAUGGUGGAAGAACUUCAGAAAGCCUUUUUUGUUUGCUGCUGCAGCGCGGGACCACAAGAUGCCUCUGGAACUGAUGAGACACCAACAAAUCAGACCCAGGGGGAAGCAGAGCCCUGCGAUAAAAGUACUGCCCAAUAACAGUGCACAGCGUUGUAGUUUUUAUUAUGUAGUAAUUUUUUUAUAUUCUCUUGGCGCUCUCAAGGUGGUUGUUUGUGGACAUGUACGUGCACCCCUGUUCACACAUUUGUGGGAAUAUGUUGGCCUGUGCAUGUACUGCAAAUUUGCAUGUAUGUGCACAAAAACAUGGAGAACCCCCCCCCCACUAGAAACAAAAAAAGAGAGCACGAGCUGGUGCCUUCCUCUGUCUGCACACACCUGAGACAAAUCCUCUCCGUCGUUCAAUGCUGCAUCAGGUGCGUUUUCAUCUUUUUGGAGCACAUCUGCAGAAACCAGUUUCGGGAAAUAAAGAGUUGCGAUUUUGUUUGUCGGGGACAAGAUAGGACUGUGUGAUCACUGUAGGUAGCUGAUGUGUUUUAAGACCGUGUGGGUGGAGAGAGUAGUGUCAGCAUGCUUUCUUUCAAGAAAACAUCAAACAAUAUAGUUUGGAAGCAAAAUAUUACCCUGUUUUGAUUUUUGAUGUGUUGUAGAAAUCUGCCACCCCAUAAAUUAUCAGUCAGCAUUUAGUGGAAACUUGAAAAACAUUUAUGUGUAUGAUGAUUGCUAAUUACCAUAUAUUUUGUCUAAAUAUGUCCGUAUUUUUUUAUUUGUGUGAAUCAUUGUAGGUAAAAUGUUAUACAUUAAAAUACAACCACAAUUGUACUUCAGUGAGGAUUGUUAUUUUUUUUAAGAUAAAUUAGUAUUAUCUUUGUGAUGUAAUUUUUAUAUAAUGGAUUAUCAUUUAAUGCUAUAUUUACAAGUAUAUUUUCUCCAUCUAAUUUUCAAAUAAAAAAGAAAACAAUU